UCUGNGGCUCCAACGACUCGUCUCUCACCAGUCCUCCCAGUAGAUCUCACUGGUUUAUUGUUCCUAGUUGAAUCUGGUCUCUUCCAUCCAACCAGUGGCUCCAUUUUACUGUUUUUAGACCUGAUUAUAAUGUGAUGAGUUCAGAAUCUGGAUUUUGUCCUGUUAAUGUCAUUCAUUAGUAAAUAAGAUUCUGUAGUUUUGUAGUUUUCUCCUGCAUUGUUUCACUGUAAUUUAGGUUUUUCACUACUUUAAUCUUAUUUUCUUCCGCUUUUGAAUGUUUCUAUUUCUGUUUAAACAAGAUUUCUAACUGAACGAGGCAGAAAAUCUGAGCAGGUCGGUUAGUUUCUGCUGUUUAGAGAAACUACGUUUCCCAUCAGCCUUUGUGACUUCCUGUAGAGGCUCAUGGGAACUGUAGUCAAAGUCCUGACUACAGCAGCAUUUAAAACAGAAAUAUUGAUGUUUUCUGACUUUCUUCUAGUUUUCUUUCGCUCUAAAAUCUUUCUGAACUGUUAAUAUUUAUUCAGUUGAAUCAAACUUUGAUUGCUAACGUCGAAGAAGUCACGUGACUGUCUGUGAAAAUAGAAACUGAAAUUAACUUUUUUCCUUCUUCAUAUCAGCCUCCAUGUUGAGUUCAGGAUGGAAAUAACGGUCUGACUUGUUAACAGAGGUCCGUUUCCCAGUUUACCAGACCUCCCCUUCUGCUGGUUCCAGUAGAAAUGGUGAUCUGGUGUCAGAGGUGAUCAGCCUCUCUGUUUGUUCUGAGAGGAAGAUGAUGAUGAUGAUGAUGGUAUUGAUCCUCCUGCUCGUUUCCCAGCAUGCACUGGGCGGAGUGGUGGAGGUUAAUGAGGGGACGGAGUCUGUCCUGCUGCCCUGCAUUGACUCUGGUACUCCACCUGAAGACCCGUUACUCAUCUGGACUCGCAGUGAUCUCAGUCCUAACUCCGUCCACCUACGGAGAGAAAACGGUGACGAUCUUAAAAACCAGAACCAGCGUUUCAGAGGACGGACCUCCAUGAAUCCUGACGCUCUGGAUACUGGAAACUUCAGCCUGACUCUGAGGAAACCUGAGCAGGAUGAUGGAGGAAACUACAGCUGCAGCAUCUCUGAUGGAAUAGAAGAACGGAACCUGAAACAGAUUCAUCUGAAGGUCAAAGUUGGUCAGCAGGAGGUCGAGGUCACUGAAGGGUCAGGUUCUGUCGUCCUGCCCUGCAGAACAUCAGCCGACCUUCCUGAGGGGACGUCAGUGGAGUGGACCCGGCCAGAACCAGAAUUCAUGAUGGUUCACUCAAGCAGCAACCAAAGAAACCAGGACGGUUUUUACCGCGACCGAACAGAAAUGAGCAAAGACUUCCUGAGGACCGGAGACGUCAGCCUGACCCUGAGGAACCCCAGAGACGGAGACGGUGGACGCUACGUCUGCACCGUCCACAGAGACCAGGACGUCCUGAGAGACACUGUGGUUCUGAAAUAUGUACAGAAAGAACCGUUUCCAUCCUCGGCCACAGCUCUGCUGGUUCUGCUGGUUCUGGUUCUCAUCAUCUCUGCGGGCGUUUUCUAUCAUUUUAAAGAUUAUUUCCUGCCAGGUGAGUCUGAAUGUUUCUGACACAGAAUGUUAGAG